UGUCUUUUCCAGGACGCCGUAGUUCUGGGUUUGUUUUGGAGACAGAUCGAGCAGGCUGACGAUAGCAGAUCUAACGUAAUUAGCUUGCAUGCUAUCGUCCGUGGAAACGAGAAUAAGCGCUGAUCUGGCUACUUUAUCUAAACGUUGGUUGACCAACAGCACAACGGGCAUAUAUUCCAUUUACAGGUCGUGUGGAUCAGUUAAAUGAAAGCAGGAUCAUCAUGUCAUUUAGAGAUUUAAGGAAUUUCACAGAAAUGAUGCGGGCCCUGGGAUAUCCUCGACUGAUAUCCAUGGAAAAUUUCAGAUCGCCCAACUUUACCCUGGUGGCUGAGAUCCUGAUCUGGUUGGUGAAAAGAUAUGAGCCGCAGAUGGAUAUUCCCAGUGAUGUCGAUUCAGAGUCCGACCGGGUUUUCUUCAUUAAAGCCGUUGCUCAGUUCAUGGCUACGAAAGCUCACAUCAAGCUGAACACCAAGCGGCUGUACCAGGCAGAUGGCUACGCAGUGAAGGAGAUGCUGAAGAUAACCUCUGUGUUGUACAGUGCCAUGAAGACCAAGGAAAUGGCCUCAGGGGACAAGGUUGAGGAGGACAGCAGCAAGUUCAAGUUUGACCUCGGAUCUAAGAUUGCUGAGUUGAAAGCAGCAAGACAGCUGGCAUCAGAGAUCACAUCUAAAGGAGCCACGUUAUAUGACCUGCUGGGGAAGGAGGUGGAUCUGAGGGAAAUGAGGACCGCUGCAAUCGCAAGACCCCUGGAGAUCAAUGAGACGGAGAAGGCUUUGAGAGCGGCCAUAAAGGAUGUCCUGGAAAAUGUCCAGAGGACGAACGAUAUGUUGAACAAUGUGUCAUUGGAUGAAUCCAGCCUGGAGGCGAAGAUUGAGAAAAAGAAGCAGGAGCUGGAGAGAAACCAGAAGCGCCUGCAGACACUGCAGAGUGUGCGCCCCGCGUUCAUGGACGAGUACGAGAAGAUAGAGGAGGACCUGCAGAGGCAGUAUGAGAUUUAUGUGGAGAAGUUCCGCAACCUGAGCUUCCUUGAGCAGCAGCUGGAGGACUACCACCGGCUGGAGCAGGAGAGGUUUGAGGAGGCAGAGAACAGCCUUAGAAUGAUGCAGCACAAGCUGAGGGAGGAGGAGAAGUCUCUGGUGAAGAACGGAGUGAAAGAUGAAGAUUCGGACAUGGACAUCCCGGAGGACGAGGGCUCAGACAGUGACAUAGAGGAACACAGGCCCUCUAAACCUCGCCCAGGCAGAAACCCCAUGCCAGGAAGAGCUGGAGCCCGGUUUGUGGGUACAAUGCAUGGAGGAGACAGUGAAGAGGAGGAUUCCGAGGACAGCGAAAUAGACGUGGAUGAGGAUGAUGAGGAUGAGGACGGGGAGGAGGAAGAGAACGAGGAUUUGGAGGAUGACAAUGACAGUCUGGAGGUGCCAGCGCCCAAGCCCUCCCGGCCACCCCGUGCAGGCCACCGCCCCGAACUACUGGAAGAGAGUGACAAUGACUUCUGAGACAUGACUACUUUAUGCUCAGCAAGAAGCACAUGCACACAAACACUACAUACUCCAUUACAGUCAUUUAAGAACCUUCCAGUCAACACAAACAUGCAGGUGUGUGCUCCCCGUUGGACCAUAAUAAACUUGCAUAAAUACGAUAACAUAAAUUGAAGCACAUUAUGUGAACAUGCCUGCAUAUGUGAAGGUUUACAGUUCUUUCAUGUUGUGUGGCUGUAGAGUACGGCUUAUCAAGGGGUCACGAGUAUGUGCAUAUGGCAGUGGACCAAAUAUGGUAGUGACAAAAAUUGUCAUGAAAAUCUAAAAGUUAAAUUUGGUGGUCUCGUCAGCCUCUUACAUGCAGCCAGUAUUGUCAGUAUAAAUGAAAAGACGCUGGGGGAAGAGUGAGUUUGGUUAUACGAUUGCCUUACUGUUUGUGUGUUUCAGAGUAUGUUAUUGUGACCUAAGGCCUGCAUUUUGUAGUCAGGAAAUAGCCUCUAGAUGCUAUUUGUGUAGUGUUGGUUGUUUAAAAAAUGUAGCAUGUUUUGACCACCUGGUGUAUAGAAAUAUCCUGGCAGAUCCGUUUCACAUUUCACCCUCAAAAAAUUUCAUAGUAGACUUGUCAUUUUGGCAAAUCUAGGAAUGAAGCUUAAUGUUCUUUUCUAUUUUCAAACUAUGUUUGACAGGCACGUCAUGAAAACAGGUGUCUUUUAUUGCAAUCAUAAGAUGGCUUUCAUUUGAAAUAUUAACAGAGCCAAUCCACCCCUUUGCGACUCAUUUGUUGUUAUCAUUCUGCCCACUCUGCCUUUCUUGCAGGGGUAGAGUGAAUGUAAGUGGCAGAAAUUGUACUGAAUGCACCCUCACACAGUUGCAGCUCGAUGUGUGAGAAGACCACUUUAAAUGGCAAUAUAGGUGCCACUGUAGAUGCCAUUUCCAAUGCUUUCGUAACUGGUGGAAUAGUUUUCUGAAGCAACGGAAUGCUGUCUUGAGUGUCUGGAAAGAUCAUAUGUUUGAGUCUUAAGACAGCUUUGUAGCACUAGGCAGGCAGGUAGUGUAGUGUAAGAUUGAACACAAGACCUGUAAUCUCAGUGCAUCACAGGGCAUCCAAACUUGCAAUGUCUUUUUCUUUCUAAGUGUUUUUGGCUAAGAGCAGGGAAAAUGAUAACAGCGGUCUACUUCAAUUUCUAUUGGUACCACACAAGCAUUCAACUAUGGAAAAGGGAUCACUGAGCUUUUCUGAACACAGUUUUACAUGUUUUUAUUAAUAAAUACAGAAUCCAUACUGCA